GAAAAAAGGCAGCGACGUCACCCUGCGUCAUCACUCGGUCAUGUAGCUAGCUAGCAACACCUUGCAGCGGAGAGAGAGAAGAGAGAGAGAGAGAGAGAGAUCGGGAUGGCGGGGGAGAGCAGCGGAGAGGACGCGGUGUCGGAGUACCUGGGCCAGAACCCGCAGCUGGCCCGGUGGGUCGACAGUCUGAGGGGCUACUGUGAGACCAACAAACAGUGGGUCGCCCGGAGAGAGUUCAUCCUCAGGAACAUGGAGGGGUUCCCUACGGUGGAGCCAGGAGUCCCCAGCAGCAGCCUGGACAGACUGCUGUCCCUGUCCACGGUGUGGGCCAACCACGUCUUCCUGGGCUGCAGCUACCCACAGGCCGUUAUGGACAAGAUCAAGGAGAUGGGCGAGGGGAUAGCUGUGGAAGAUGCACCGGUUCACAGGACGACGAUAGGCGGACUGGCCAAAGCGAAGCGGAGUGCCACAGCCGAGAGCGAUGCCGACGGCUGUGCGAAGAGAGCCAGAUGUGGCUCUAAUGAGCUCGACGGCCGACCUGCUGGGAGGACGGCUGCGUGGCCCGGGGGUCAGAAAUCCGGACCUCCUCCUCAGGCUCCAGCAGAGCACCAGCCCUUCUUCAACCGCCUCUACAAGGCGGUGGCUUGGAAGCUGGUGUCGGCGGGGGGCUUCGGUCCCAACCUGGACCACUUUGAAAUACUUCGUAGCUGUGUGGAGUCGUGUAAAGAGACCCUGGCCUGUGUGUUUGUGCCGCUGAAGGACAUUACAGGCCUCCCCGCCGGGCGCACGCAGAAGGAAGGCCACGUGUGUGAGAUCCGCUGUCAGAGCGUGUACGUGGGGACGGGCUACGGCCGCGACGAGGGCGCCGCCAAAGCCAUGGCUUCCAAAGAGGCCCUCAAAGUGUUUCAGGGGCGAAAAGUGACGGUAAAGAUCUGCAGACGGAGGUACAAAGGGAAGGACGUGGAGGAUCUGGUGUUGUUGGACGAGCAGCCUCGGAGUCAGGGCUUCCCUCCGGCGCUCAGCUACCCUUUUCAGGACGAAGACGGGUCGCCAUAGAGCCGCUGAAGACAUUCACGACCGCGUCGGGCCAAACUGCAGCUGAACAUCGCAACUAGACUUUGGAAUCAUUGAGUAACUUUAACUGCGUCACGAUACGUUUCCCACAAUGCUUCUGGUCAUGAAACAGGUGACUCGUUGUUAGGCAGAUAUCUGGGGAUUCAUCUUCUACCGUGUUGACUCCAUUUUCAACCGCUUUCAGUUUUGCAGUUUUACAGACAGCCGGUGUAACGAGGUGUGUGGAGCGUCGGCCGCCGUUUAAAAGGCAAAAAGCCGUAAACUCCAACAAGGCCAAACUGUUAAAAUUCCACCUUUAAUAUUAAUGUGAUUAUUCGUCCCAGCAUAACUCAUAUUAGGAGUAGCUUGUGUAUAUUUUCCCCUUUGUUCAUUCCUGAUUCUGGUGUUUUUCACUCGUGCACUCACACCUGCAGUUUGCUUUAUUUUGUCCUUGCUUUGGUUUUUGCUUUGUUUAGGUUCCCAUUGCUCAUCACAGUGGGAACAAACGUCAUGUUUUUUAACCUUUUUUGAUUUCCUGUCACUCAGCAAUCACAACUAACACAGUCACAUGAUCGACUUUAGUGUUCAUACCAUCUGAGAACACAAAGAUAGCUGAAUAAGAAGUAUGAAUCCAGACUUUAUUUUUCACUCCUUUCGACCACAAGUGACUUUUGGAUGUCAGAUAUCAACAUUUGUGUUUCUACUCAUUAAUAUUUGAGUUCUUAUGAUCCACUCUUCAGUUGUCCUGGAGCAGGACUGGACCUCGCUGAAGACCUUUGGUGGCAGCCUUGUUUAAUUCUCAUUUUUCUUACUUAUCCAGAAAAAUGUAACUUGACUAGUAAAUGUUCUAAAGUUUCACAUAAACGGCUCCAAACAUUGUUUGUAUGAUGAUGGUGAUGUAAGGUGUUUAACAAGAGCGUCGUAAAACUGGAAAGAGUUCCGCUGGAAUCUGCUCAACCGUGAUUUAAACAAUGAUUACACACUGAGUUUCAAAUCAAAGUAAUGCUGCAAAGAAUUGACUGAAGCUUUGAGUUUUUUUUAUUAAAUAUACAGAAUGUUUAAGGAGAAGUUGAGGUGUACUUUACAAUUUUUGACUUUCGUGUUCUUCUCAAAUACUUGGCCAACUACCGUACCAAUACUGUACACAGAAAGGCUACUGCUCUUAUUUGAUUUCUUUAUUUAAUCUCACUGAAUAAAAAACCACUGAGACCCACACUAUGUUGAAAGUAUUGGGGUGUCAUAAUUAAUAAAAUUCCUUUGAACAGAGUUCGAUACGGUGUGUACGGUUAUGAUGUGUUGGAGGGUAAAGUGCUGCUGUGAUGUGUGAUUUCUGUUUCUUUUUUCCAGUCUGGGUUGAGGGUGAACAGGGUUGCAUUGAAGUGUGAGUAUCCACACUGUUCCGUGUUACUGUGUGUUUACACCAGUGGUCCUGUUUCUAUAUAUUUUUAAAAUAAACAUAAUUUAACCGAC